AUGAACAUUGGUGCAAAAUCAGGUAAAGCAGCGACCCGUGGUCAAAAGCAGAUCCAUGAAGAAAAUCGAACUGUAUUAUUGCAUUAUUCAGUUGCUUCCUUACUUUCUUCAGUAAGCAAUUUAUUCAUUUUACAGAGAUUUGGAUUUUCGAUUUGCUCGAUUCUUCAAGGAGUUGCUAUUUUGACUAUGCGUUCAAUGGCACAUUGUCGUCGUAAUGACAAAGGACAAGUCACGGAUGCAGGCUUAGAUCUCAAUCAACCGGAUGCAUUCGGAGAGAACUGUAAGGAUGUUGUAAUUGUCUGCUCAUUAGUUGCAACGAUUGCUGCUUUCUGGUCAAGAAUUUUCUGGUUGUUAUUCAUCAUUCCUGCUUAUAUUGUAUACAAGUUAUGGGUUACAAUAUUGGCACCUUGGUUUUUUGCUGAACCGGUAGAGCAAGAAGGAAAUGAAAAGAGACUGAAAAGACGUGAAAAAAGGCUUCGAAAAGCAUGA